GAUGAAGCAGGGAAUAGUAUGGCCGAUGUCUGGGUCGGAAUAUUGGAGGAGAAGAAUGUCUUUAUUCCAACCGAUCCUCGGCUGUAUAUAUUUGAUUCUGUCAUCAUUCACAGGUAACACAUUUGGUAUCGUGUGCCAAAGAUAUGUAUCAUUAGAAUCAUCACCUGGUAGUAACCAUGACAACCAGACAAUAGACUGCCCAUUUGCCUGCUUUGCGUCAUGGCGACAGGAAAAACCCGAUCAUGUGAUUGUUCUGCAACAGGGUUGCAUGGGAAGUCAUAAGGACGAAUGUAUGGUCACUUCCUGUCAACAGAAUGUGAAGUCCAGCCAAUCAGACCACAAGUUCUGCUGCUGCAGUACAGAUCAGUGUAAUAUUGUCCAAACUGAAGGAGUCAUUGUGACAUAUAAGACGUACAACACUGCCAAAUUAUCUCCCCCUGUCAGCAGGAAAUCCUCGUCUUUGUUCCAGCAACCAUAUAAACAGAUCAACACAAAAUGGCCAUUUUACUCGGAGAAUGAUCAAGAAUCAGCUAUGAAUGUUCAUCCAGAUAUCAACAAAGGAUCAACUCUUACAUGUGCUUUUUAUGAUCAUCCAAACAACUUCAAAACAUCCAAGAUAUCGAGCACUCCAAUACUGACAUCUGUUCAAGACUCUACCACACAGGAAAUGGGGAAACAGCUACAGAAAUGUGAGAAAGAGGAUGACUCCUGCUUUACCAUCUGGUCAUACGACCAGGAAAAUGACACAGAGUCCUUGACAAUUAUCAAACAAGGAUGUUUCCAGUCUAAGCCAGACAAUGGUUGGUGUAGUGAAGGUGUUUGUAAGUCGAGUACUCCAUACAAAAUGUUAGGUACACACAAAAGAGCCAAGUUCUGUUGUUGCACUGGGAGCCUGUGUAACAAUAACAUCUCAGAUGUCAAUGUCAGUGUGUCAUCUCCAGUGGAUACUGUCACUCCAGCUUCCAGCUAUCUGUCGGUGGAUUCCUAUCGACUAUAUAAGGAAAAAACAAUCAUCAUUUCUCUGGUGUCCAUCUGCUCCAUCUCUCUAAUUGUCAUGGCAUCUUUUCUGCUGUACCGAAUCUGCCUUUCCUCACGAAAACAACCCCCCAGUCCUUUGGAUGUGGUGGAGGCCCAGCCGCUCCCUGGCUUCCAGAGUGAGGAUCUGAGAAUCAUGUCUCUGAUCUGUAAGACAAAGAACGGGGAGGUUUGGAAAGGACAACUAGGGGAGGUCCCAGUGGCUGUAAAAGUCUUCAGUCAAAAUCACAAACAUCUCUACCAGAAUGAAAAGUACAUCUACUCACUGCCAUUUAUAGAGCAAGAAAAUCUGCUGAAGUUUUACGGGACUGAUGAGCGACAGAAUAUGGAGGGAUUCUGGCAGUAUAUGAUCGUCUUGUCAUAUGUGCCGAGGGGAAGCUUGUUUGGAUACUUGCAGAACAAUACAAUAGACUGGGAAACUUUCAGUAAAAUGUGCCUGAGUAUUGUCAAGGGCUUAGUCCAUCUGCACACAGAUCUAAGGAAUGGGGACCAGUUCAAGCCUACAAUAGCACACAGAGAUCUCAACAGUCGAAACAUCUUGGUACAGGAUGACCUUACUUGUGUCAUUGGUGACCUUGGAUUUGCCAUAACGACCAUGGGGUCAAAAUUGAUCAGGAACGGCCAAUACGAGUAUGCUGAACAGGCCUCUCUACAAGAUGUUGGAACUUUAAGAUAUAUGGCCCCGGAGCUUUUAGAUGGUGCUGCAAAUUUGAGAGAAUCAGAAGCCUCCUUAAAACAAAUCGAUGUCUACUCACUGGGAUUAGUGUUGUGGGAACUUGCCACCAGAUGUCAGGAUUUGUAUCAUAGUUGUCCUGUCCCUGAUUACCAGAUGCCUUACCAACAGGAGGCAGGCUCUCAGCCAACAUUUGAGGAGAUGCAGAUUCUGGUGUCCAGGAACAAAGUGAGACCUAAGAUGCCUGAGGUCUGGCAAAGUCACAAUCAGGCUGUGUACAUUCUGAAAGAGACAAUAGAGGAGUGCUGGGACCAUGACUCGGAGGCUCGUCUGACAGCAGUGUGUGUAGAAGAGAGGAUACUUGAUAUGAUUGCACUCUGGUCUCAGGAAGGCAAACAGAAAGGCAUGACUCCAACGAUAACAACAACGAGUAACUCAUUCCAGUUUUCUUCUGAGCCAGAGAGAACGGCCCCGGAAACUAUAGGAGUGGCUCCAUUAAGAGAAGAAACUACAACAGCCAGCUUUGCGGACAAUAACACCACCAGUAUGGUAAUCAGCUCUCCACCAAAUGGGUAUAUCAACUCACGACCAUCAUCCUGGUACAACAGACCAGGCAUGACAACAUCUGGCUCCACAACAGAAACUUUUGUCAUGAUGUCUCCCUCAGAGGAGGAUAUCCCUCCUCCAGUCAAACUUUUGAAUGUCAACCUGGCUAAAAAUAACAUGGUGCUCCCUGUUCACCAAGGGAGAAACCCCACAGUGGAAAGAAACACUCAUAAAAGGAGUGACGAGGAACUGAGUGUGUCUGGGAACAAACUUGUGUAUAACAAUGAAAGAUCUGAUACAGACAGUGGGCAAAGAGUGCCGCCCUUGUUAGAUGAUCUUUUACACUCAUUCAGUGACAGCUUAGAAACAUCACUAGUUCAGAACGAUGUUUUAGGUCAACAUAGAAAUCCACCUAUCCCGUUUCUACAAAAUCAAGUGCAUGAGAGUCGUGUUGUCAGGCCAAAAGUGGCCAAUGUACCUCAAGCAAUGCACCUUUCAGAACAAGAGAAACCGCACCAGAGUCGUUUCAAGAAUCUGGUAAAGGUUAAAGAUAUUGGAAGUAAAUUGCCAUUUUUUAAGAAGAAAGGAAGACAUUUUCAUAAAAAGAUAGGAAAACAUGGCCAGGAGAAUGCCUCAGAAGUCAGCAAUUUAUUACAAGAUCAACAAGUUCAAAAUCCAAAUCUGUAUCAAGAUCAGCUUGGACAGCGGCCAUCAACAUGGUGCAGUCCUACACAUGAGAGUUCUACAAACGCUAUAGAGACAGAGAUCAGGAUGACAAAUGGUAGACCAUUUGUUCAGCCCUCUGAUCAAAAACAGAGCAAUGUCAUCUAUAUGGCAGAAAUGGGCAGGGCUAAGAUGGAGACUCCAGGUCCAAGGUCAGCUGUCUUGGUAACCAGGUCAGGAGGUCAUUCUAAAAGUGCAUCAGACAUAAGUCCUCAAAGAGAGUUCUGUCAUUUCUCUAGUGUCACAGAAUUGGAUGAUGUGUUCUCUAAGAGAAGGAGACCAAAUUCCCUUUCUUUGCGAGGACACAACUACAAAGUAAAAUCACCACCUAAGUCAAAUACAUGUGAAAGCUUUGCUUUACUGGUGAAGGAUUCUGAGGAUGAUGGAAAAAUUAAAAGAGAAAAUUCAUCCGAGAAAAUUAAAAAGAGAGUCAAAACCCCUGUCACUCUUGCACAGAAUCGACUGUCCUUGUAUGAUGAUCGUUUGAUGACUCAUUAUAUAAUGAACACUCCAGAAUUUACACAUAAGCCCAUGAAAGGUUAUUCAAUCCUGGAUGAUGAUGUUAAUGCUAAUAUUGUUAUCACCACUGAACAGAGCUGUUAAUGAACCCUUUAUUUCCAUAUUUUAAUGAAAUAUUUCGUAAGCUUUUUAGAUAAUUUUAAGACAGGAAAGGUUACAGAUUACAGAAUAUAUUUUUAAACGUCACUCUAAUGAUUCCUAUAACAAUGUAAACUUCAACUUCACUGGGUUUUCUUUUUAUUAAAGGGUGGGGGGUGGAGGUUAAACAAAUUGGAUUUGAUUUGUUGAUAAUAAUCAUUAUCCAUUAUAUUGAUUGUUUAUUAUCAAUUUGAAAUGUGGAUCUUUUAUGUUUACUAUGUUUAUGUCAAUUUUGGGCAUUCUUGUUUUUUCUUUGGUUGAAAUUUUCUUUUGGAUGUGAAGUCAGAUUUCAAUGACAACCAUUGCAGGAUGUUUUUAAUUAACAAGAUAAAGUACAUGCAGUAUAUAUACAUAUAUAUAUAGUUGUGUGAUUUAUCAGUGUUGAUCCAUGAUACAGUAAAACAUGCUUAUAAUGAAGAACCAGCGACAACCAAUUUUGAUUUGAUAUAAAUAUACGUAAUUUGUUAAAUCUGUUAGGUUCAUGAUAUGUUUUAAAACCACACGGAAUAAAAAUCACUUGACUGUAAUUGUGAAUUUAUUAUAAGCAUGUUCGUUAUAACCUUGUUUUACAGUACUAAUCAUGAUUGAUUUUUUUUUUUGAAAUAAGUUGGGGGUGUAGAAAAGGCAAGAAUCAUAAUAUAGAUGUAUUUUACGUAAGAAGUUCCAAUCAUAAUUCUUCCACAAAAAGAGGGCCAACAGGGAUAAAACUUCAAUAUUUGACUGAAUAAAUUUCCUUAAAAAACAGAAAAGUUUUAUUGAAGUUUAAGUUAAUUUUUUUUUAUUUAUAGUGCUGUAAUAUGAUAAAAAAAAUCAUCCAUUGCUUGCAUCAACUUGGUACAAAUUACAAACUAUAUUUGAAAAUUAUGAAUGACUGAAAGUAUUACCACUCCAAUCAUACAUGUCACAGCUGCAUCUGUUGUUCAACACUAGUUAUAAUGGUUUCUGCAAGAGUUGUUCAAUUUAUGAUGAGAUCAAGAUUUAAAAUAUCUUUGAUGUCAUUAGAUUAUAAGGAAGACUUCUGUUCACUGUAAAUAGAGAAGAAUGGCAUUCUCUGGUGCAUCUUGUUGGUAUCCUAUUAGUUAAUUGAUUGCUUAUUUUUAUUAAUUCUUUUAUGUAUUAAUAAAGAUGUACAAUAGUUAUGGAUAUGUUUAAUUUUUUGUGCACAUUUUGCUUAAGAAGCAGUAUUUUAUGUAUAUUUUGGAAAUAACUGUUUUUGUAUUGUGAUAAUAUUCCUUUCCUUUAGUUAGGAGUUGACUCCCCUUAGUGUAAUUGACCUUUGAACUCUGUCUUUCCUACAUCUUCCGUUACUGAGGUAUAACUUCGCUAGUCAGUCAUUCAUUGCUAUAAAUGUUCUCCAACAAAUAUUCUCGUUUAAUCAUAUGAUAAACUUUUAAGCUGACAAAUCCUAGGCCUCUCUUGUUUAGGUUGAUUUGACUCUAAUGCCUUAGUUGACAUUUUCCUUAGAAUUUUUUUUAAUCCAAAUAACAUUUAUUUAAAUUGCUUUUCACAUUGAUAAAUGUCAAUUCAUUUUUUUUUCAUUUAAUUAUCUAGUGUUUAUUGAGGCUUGUUCAUAAUAAGCCAGAGGAAGGUCUUAUAAGUGUCCCAAUUCUCUACUCAUUUAAUAUAAUCCAUUUCCUGAGACUUUAAAGUUCAAGGUUAAUUUAAAAAAAAAUUCAAGAAUAAUUUUUGUCUGAUAUAUUUUAACAUUUAACAACGUUCAAAUUACAAUAGUGUAAGCAUACAUUAUAUAAACGUUUUGAAUUUUUAAGUAGCUAAGACAUUGAUAGACAAUCUAAGCAUAUACUCAGAGCUGUUAAUUUUCCCGUACUUAUUUUAGGUCAUCUACGGUAGCAGUAAAACAACUGAUCUAGAUUAUUACUUGUUGUCACAGUGGUUUGUAUUCAUAACUGCUGUACAUUUUAUCAUAUUUAAUAAUGGAAAUCAUUUAAUUGUCGCUCAGUUAACAUUGAAGUUAUUUGAAGAAAAUUAAUUUGUUGAAUUACUUUUGUAGCAGUAUGGGUCAAAUGCUGAGUUGUGGGACUUUGUUCUUGCCAUGUCUAAAACAUAAAUUCAGAACUGGUGUGAAAAAAAGUAACGAUGAUAGAUUAAACAGUUUAGGAACUGACAAAUGAUCUUAUGGUAAUAUGGUACAAGCCAAAACAGUCUCAUAAUGUACCCAAAAUGACCCAAAUCAAUUUUCCAAACUAGCAGACAUGACAGAAUAACAGAUAUUCAAAAUAUAAUCUUUAUUUGUAAAUGAGAGAUUGCAAAUUAUUACACAAUGACAGUUAAUUGUGUUGUUUUGAUAUGUUUUAUUGUACAAUUUUGAGCCAUUAAAUUAUAUUAAUUUUUUAGCUUCAUCUUUUUACACUUAUUGCUUCCCAUAUUUUGUAAUGCAGAAAAAAAUAUAAUGUACAUGGAUAAUGUUGUAAACUAGUGUGUAAAAUGAAUGUCAGUUGUAAAGCAUGAGAAUUAUACAUAUUUUGUAUGUGUCACAUAGUGACUAGAUGUGUAUCUACAUGUGUGUAUAAAUAUAUCAACAUUUGUUUUAAUUUUUUUUUUCUAAAAGAAGAAAAAGCAUCAUUUUGCCCAUUUUUUGAAGCACAGAUCUCAUUAAUUAUCUCUGUAGCAUGUAGUUUUCCUUGCAAUUUUAAUUACAGCAAUAUUUUGUCACUAUGAAUUGAUGUUUUUGCCUUUGUUGUUUUAGUCCUCUGAUCAAUCUUUGACUUCCCCAUGUGUAGAUCUGUACAUCAGUACUGUACCAUUCUUUAUUUGUUAGAAAUUAUAUGUUGUGUAAAACAUGUCUAGGAAAAAAUUUGACAAGCUUUUGAAAAAGUCUGACAUUUUCUUUGUAAACACUGUCUCAAACUUGAAAAAGAAAAACACUUUGACAAUAUUUUACAUGCAGGUGUUAUUGUACUGUAGCAUGUUUUAGUAUAACUCAAUAAUUUGUGAAUCAGAUUUGUAGAUAAGAAGUAAGUAAAACUUGCUUUUAGAAUUUAUAGUUUCUGUAUCAAAUUCCUACUGUUAAGUCAGUGUAUAUGACUGUUGAGUUUUGUGAAUCAUGUUUUCACAUUAUUAACUAUCUAGCGAUAAUGUGAAUCAAGUUUUCACAUUAUUUACUAUCUAGCGAUAAUGGUGCUUUUGGUUCACCUCCAGCAGUGUUGUGCUCUAUUCAUGUUACAUUCACACCUGUGAAUUUAUAUAGAAUGCCAAAUUUUUUUGUGCCUGUACUUUUCAAUUUGCUUGCAAUUAAAUUGCAUCAGUAUA